AUGGAAGAAACGUCGGAUGAUUUGUGCAGCGAGUCUGAUAAAUCGGGUCCCACGGGUUGGAACAGUGAUUCGGAUACCGACAGUGUAAUUCAUUUGCCCAAACCAUCAGAUGAUGUCGAAAGAUGGAAAACGCAGCAAGACCGGUGUGAUGAAGUACCCAAAAAACGAAGACGACGAAUUUUUGAAAAAUUUUCUGCGAGCGACGAUGACGAACCGAUGGAUAAUGUCGAAUCAAAUUCUUUAUCGUCGAGAUCCAGUAGUUUAAUCACUUUCGAAUCUCUAGAAAAGCAUUGCGAAGAUAUUCUAGUAUCGGCGAGUUCGGCCGAUCCUCCAGAAUUCAACAUUCCUCCGGAACCUUUGAGAUGGACUGUUUCUCCAGACAGUCCCAGAGAAUCACUAGACGAAUUUGAUAGCUCUGACGAAGAACGUGGAUUUAAUUCUUCCGUCGAUACCUUACAUCGUUCUCAUUCUCUGCGGGAAAAUUUUCGAUCUCGUAAUGACACUCGGUUGAGAUCAUACAGAAGUUUCGAUAGUUUAAAUUUCUUUGAAACGUUGUCACCUCUAAGUUAUACCUUACAAGAAUUAUCUCAAAGUCACAGCGCGUUAGAUUUUGAAAAGGAAAAACAACGAGAGCAGGAAUUUGUGAUAAGAGACAAGAAACUUACGGCCACCACAGCCGACUUGUCCACCAUGACCGAUCCGUACGACACUCGUUUAAAGGGCCUAGGAUGCAGAUCUCGAAAACGAAAAGAUAUCGCCAGUUAUCAUUACAAAGAACCCAAUCAAUAUAGAAAUUUUAAAUCCGCUUACUCGGAAGAGAAUAAAGCAAAACGAAAUCAUUUUCCGUCGAAAAGAAAAUCUUACAGUGCCGAGGGUCUCAAGGUUCAAUUGUCUUCUAUCGAUGAAAAUUCAAAGUGCGAUGCAGACAAAAAUCAUGGUAGAUCGGAUCCCUGCUUGAACGUUCCAUCAAAAUCCCUUCAUUCCGUUGAAAAUUUGAUUUUGAGCAUUCCAGAAGACGGAGAUGCUUCUCCUUCAGAAUCAUCAUCAUCGAAUUUUUCAGACUGCAACGGAAGCGAGGAAGGAAGUGUUGUUUCCACAGAAGGGCGUGAACAGUGUAAAAAGUUAAAUAAAAAUAUUGGUUCUUCUUCAAAAAUAACCGAAAUACAGGAGGCAGAGGUGAGAGGAAACGACGGCUUGAUUCAAAAUGACGCUGAUGUUAAAUUUAACUCAGGCCAAAAUCAAACACACAUGUUUAGCUGUAGCGCGGAUGAGGAGGGACUAUUUAAACGGGGAGAAAUUGAAAAAUUAGUUUCAACAUCGUCAGUUCCGUUCGCGUCUCUCGUCAGUAACGAAAUUGAAGAUUCCGUUCGCUCUUGUUCAAAUAAUAAUAAUAAUAAUAAUAAAAAAUCCGAAUUUAAUGCUCUCGAAACGGAAAAAAAUUCAAAUUUUUUCAACGGGCCAGAAAGACAUUUAGGAAAUCAGUAUUUUUUGAAAGACGAUUUGACCGUUUGUAAAAGUCUCGAUGACUUUGCAUUCGAAAACAUGAGUUCUAAUUUAGACAAAUAUAGUGUUGAUAAUAAUAAUCGGGCAAAGACCUCUAGACUACCAGUUUUAAGUACUCCAAAUUUACUUUCGGAAGUCGACGAUGUUCUGCGACGCAUUCCAUCGGCCUCGUCGUCUUCACUGACUCACGUUCCCCUUAAAUGUUUCGACGAAGACGAUAUCGACGGGAGAGUGAUUAAAAAUAAAUUUGUGGAUAUAAAAAAAACUAAUUUAAAUAGUGAAUUGAUGAAAGGGUCUCAAAUAAGUGGAAGCAUAAAGGGCGUUCAUUUUUGUCCGGUUGUUUCGGAAGUCAGUUGGCAAGAUAAUUACAGCGAAGUUUCGUCCACGGCUUCUUCAUCCGACCCGUCGACGGAUGAAAUUUCCAAUAGAUCAUUUGAAGAAUUACGCGACAUGGAAAACGACGACGAAGAAUUUCACGAAAUCGAAGAAAAAUUAAUUCCUCGAGAUCGUCACGUAACGUGCAACGCGCAAAGGAAUUCACUUCAAGAUGACCUUUCGGAAGUGCCCAUAAUUAAAUUUAAAAGCGUCAGCGAGCAAAACCUUAGCACGAUUGAUAAAAGCAUGACGGCGAAUAAAGGUUCUUGCCCUUCUCAAAGAAAAAAUAAUUCCGUAAAAAGCUCAGGAAAUCCUGUGACCGUAGAACGACUAAAUAAAGAUGGUAUGAUUUUUAAUGUAAAUAUUUCACCAAAUGGAUGCGAACCGUGCAUCGAAGAGAAACCAGUUACGCCUACAAUUUGUGUUACGCCCACUUCUUCUGGUCACGUGUUUGUCAGUGAUGCCGCGCAGUCAAAUGCGGAAAGAAGAACUCGGUUGUCAGUGAGCGAGUCGAAUUUACCGACGCAGGAUCAUGGUAAUGACGAAACAAGUUAUAAUCGCGCACAUUUGGAUCACAUAGUCGCUUCCGGUAAAGACACGACGACGACGAUGAAGAAGUCUAAAAGUCGUUUUGGCGGAUUUUUCGAAAGGUUUUCACUCCGACGCCUGAGCAAUCGCAAGGCAUCUGGCGGAAAUGGCAAAAAGCAUAACGGUAAAAAAGAAGAUAAGAAAGACAAAGAUGGUCAUUUCGCAGCGACAGCUAGCAACGGAGGAAUACACGAAGACGUCAUGAUAAUACCCCUUCACGGUCCGGAUAACGAAGCCAACGUUAAAGAAGUAUUUCGAUCGGUGGUGACGCCUCACGUCGUUUCAUCCAAGCCACCCUUGCCACCCAACUUUCAGCGCAUGUCCGGUAACACUCGAAAGCAUUUUUCUUCAGGGAUCAUGCCAGUCGGACUGCAGAAUGAAGGAACAGAAGGUAAAGAAAAUAUGCCGGGAGUUCCGGAAUGUCUUACAACGGAUAAUAACGAUUCCACCGAGGGUUUAUUAAACAGUAAUGCUGAUCCGAAACAAAUCGAUCGCAAUAAACCCGUGGGAUUAUUGGAAACCGAUUUGGACACACAUAUAACGGUUGAAAGUAUAUCGGGGCGAAGGCCUUUGUUGCAAAGCAAUGUCGGAAACAAUAAAAAGGCGAGGAGCUUGAUGAAUUUGGGCCUGGGAGACAUGAUGAGUGUCCGCGAAAAUCAAGAGGAGAAUUUACCAUCGGGAUAUUUGGAACCUCCUACCCACAGAAGUCACGGUUCGGUGGCAGUUGACGAUCGUGCCAAAUCAAUGGAGUUUUUAUUGGACAAAGAAAAUCAGGCUGCAAUUUUGGUGAGUACAAAAACAUUAUAUUUCGUUUAA